CAAUCGACAUGAGAGAUCAAUACCUUGGAAUCACAUGAUCGGUAUCGGUAAAUGUCCAUGUUUCUACAUCUACUACUGGAAGAGAGGCAGUGGUGAUCUACUUAGCCUAUCCUCAACAACAUGCCCCUCCAAACCACGACCUAUCCCUCCAAUUCAACGGCGUGUCCUUGUAUCACCAAUUGGUGGUGCCCAGUGUCUGGGGUUCAACGAAACAUUGAACGGUAAGUAA